CUCGACCGCGUCGUGUUUAUCAUUCGACCGGUGUACUGCCGAGCGUGCGUACUAACUCUACCUCUCGUGUCAUACAAUAUAUACUGUGUACAAAAUGGUCGCCUUUGCGUUAAACAACCCAGCAGUGCAGUCCUACAUUGUGUAUUCUGCUAUUCUUGCUAUUAAAUUGUUGUCCCUGGCGCCGAUGACAGGUGUGACGCGAGUAAUCCGAGGUGUGUUCGCCAAUCCAGAGGACGCUAAGUCAGUCAAAGGAGGCAAAGUGAAGUAUGAUGACCCUGUGGUGGAGAGGAUAAGGAGGGCGCAUCUCAACGACUUGGAGAACAUUCCUGCUUUCUGGGUGCUGGGCGCGCUGUACGUGACUACUGGCCCAGUGGCUGCCUGGGCCACGCUGCUGUUCCGUGUCUACACGUUGGGCAGGAUCCUGCACACCAUCGUGUACGCCGUCGUACCGCUCCCGCAGCCGGCGCGAGCUAUCGCCUUCACCGUCCCCAUGUUCGUCUCAUUCUACAUGGGUCUCCAAGUUGUACUAUAUUACAUCACUGCAUUUUCGUACCUGCUAUACUCAGCUAUCUUAGCACUUAAAGUUCUGGCUGUUGCCUUCUUGACAGGAAAGGCCCGAGCCAAUAAAAAUGUGUACGCGAACCCUGAAGACGCUCGUGCAAGAAAAGGGGUAGUAAAAUACGAUGACCCUGACGUGGAGCGAGUUCGUCGCGCGCACCUCAACGACUUGGAGAACAUUCCCGUGUUCUGGGUGCUGGGCGCGCUGUACCUGACCACUGCGCCCUCCGCCUGGCUCGCCACCAUGCUAUUCCGUCUUUUCACCGCCGGCCGAAUACUCCAUACUCUGGUCUACGCUGUGAAGCCAAUGCCACCGCCAAGUCGAGCCAUCGGCUUCAUAAUUCCUUACUUUAUCUCAGUCUUCAUGGGAGUCCAAGUAGUGCUAUACUACAUCAGUGCGCUGUGAUUUGUGAACUUUUAACUUAAGUAUUUGUGAUAUCUCACUGAAGCUGUACAAUUAAGUAAUAAAUAUUAUGUAAAUAUGCCUA